UAGUUUCAUUCAGCGUUGAACUUACAAAAUCUCAAAUCCCAAAAAUUUCAAAUUUCACUUUUAGAAAAAUCAAAAUCCCUAAAAUCUGAAUUGUGCAAAUCUGUCAAAUUACAAUGGCAGAAAAUCCUCCCGAAACGGUGCCGUUUAACUCACAACCUCCUUCUUCUUCUUCCUCUUCGCAGAAAUCGCCACAAGAUCCAUCUCCGUCUCAGGUCCCGGUGUUUUCCAAUUUGCCGGCGUUUCCGGGUGGAUAUUAUCAAGUGUUUCCUGGUAUGUACCCUGCAUUGAUUCCAGGGUUAACACCGCAACAAAAUGAGGAACAUGCGAACCGUGGAGCUGGCUUAUAUGCUGUUCCUGUUAAUUCUUUUGAUAGACAUGUUACUGGACUUCCAUACAACACUCUGAUUCCGUUGACUUACCGCACACCCACCAGGCCAAGUUCUGAAGCUGCUGCUGGCAGUGAAAAUCAGGGGCAAGCAGCACAACAACAGCCCGCCCCACAGAGACAAGUUGUUGUUAGGAGAUUUCAAAUUGCAUUCCAAAUCGAUUUGCUACUUAUGUUGAAGCUGGCAGCUGUAAUCUUUUUGUUCAACCAAGAUGGAUCAAGGCAGAGGCUUGUUGUCCUUGUUUUAUUUGCUGUCAUUGUAUAUUUAUACCAAACUGGGGCUCUGACACCAAUAAUAAGAUGGCUAUCACAAGGUAUGCAAAGAGCUGCAGCACCUCCUCGUCCACCAAGACCUGCAGCCAGGGCUGAAAAUGUACCUGCUGCAAGGCAGGAGGUUGACAAUGCUGCUCCAGCAGCAGAGGGUCAACCUGAAGCUGCCGUUGGGAACCCGCCUGCUAAUGAUGCAGACCGCGCAAUCGAGAAUGAGAAUGUCGUAGAAGCUAACAGAGGCAAUGGUGGUAACCAGUGGUGGGGCAUUGUAAAGGAAAUCCAGAUGAUUGUUUUUGGAUUUAUCACUUCCCUACUCCCUGGGUUCCACAAUCAUAUGGAUUAACAUACAAACCUAUGGGAGCAUGGCAGAAAAUAGGAGAGGGUUUUCUGAAAUAAGAAUAUGUAUAGCAACAGAAGUUCCAAGCGUCAUAACUAAUACAUAGUUAGGUGCAACUAAAAAUUAUAAAUUUAAGGAAAAACAAAAGUAUGGCGAUACUAUUUAGUGUGCCAUUUUUGUAUCAUUACAUGAAUUGUUGAUAGAACAGUUUUUGUGGCUUCUAGGGCACAGAGAAGUGCUUUGUACUUCAGGGGCAGUAGUUAUUCCACCCCUGAUGUCUGUUUAUUUAUGAUUGUUAGUGUUUGAUGAGUUGAUAUUUCAAACCAAUGCCAAAUUUCUCUCUAAUUUUCUGAAGUUCA